AUGUGUGACGUCAGCUGUGUUGAACAAAAAUCCCUGUGUGACGUCAGCUGUGUUGAACAAAUAUCCCUAUUUGGCGCAUUAGAGUGUGACUGUGAGAAACUGACCCUGGAUGAACUGCUCAAUAAGCACCCAGAUAUAGAGCUUGGCGGUCGAAUUAGGCCGUCUGACUGUCGAGCAGCACAGAGGACAGCAAUCAUCAUACCUUUCAGGGAUUGCCGAGAAUGCUUGUAUAUCCUCAUGAAUAUGCUAAUCCCAAUUCUAAAAAGACAGCAUGCUGACGUCACAGUUUUUGUCAUUGAACAGAGCUCGGAGUCUGAAUUUAAUAGAGCUGCUCUACAGAACGUCGGCUUUCUGGAGGCCAAGAAAACCGCCACCUUCGACUGUUUCAUCUUUCACGACGUGGAGAUGGUGCCUCUCAGUGACCACAUCAUGUACAGAUGCGGGCCAGCGCCCAGUCACCUUGUGGCCAACAUCCAACUGACCAAUGGAAACCCCAAAGCCACGUACGAGAAUUACACCGGUGGAGUGACAGCCUUCACUGCACGCCAGUACCAGGCCAUCAACGGCAACUCAAAUCUGUAUUUCGGCUGGGGUGGUGACGACGACGAUUUGCAUGACAGAAUAGUCCACAAACAGAUGACCAUCCGGCGGACAGACUCGAAUCUUGGCAGCUACAGAAUGUUGACUGAACAACCUCAGAAGAGCAAAGCGGCAAACCCACACAGGUGGGUUCAUGGGUGA